AUGCCAUAUUCACUCGUCAAAGAAUACCGCGUCAAAUGGUGGGAUAAGUACAAUUUCGAUCGUUGCUCGCUAUCCAAUAUCAAAAAAUUCUUCGACAACCUUCGACAAGACUAUCAUCUUGUCCAAUCCAUCUCCAAAUCUAUCCCUUUAGUCACUCCAAGCCAACUUACCCGACCUUUACCUACACCAACACCACCUAAACCAACAAGCCCAACUAAAUCCUCAAAAUCAACAAGUUCCACCUCCUCACGGAGGCAUAAAAAAAACGAAAAAUUACAGCAAGCCCUUCGCACGCUUAGUCAAGAACUCCUCGCUUCUUCUGACGACGAAGACAGUAUCAACAACGAUGACGACCACAACACGGAUGAAGAUCCUUUUAGUGGUCCUUUAGCUCAAGACCCCUUUGAAAAUGUACAAAUGCUGCAAGUCCUGACCGAAGGCCGUAAGACCGAUGGCAAGUCGCCUUUGUGA